CAGCGCAGCCGCGUUCCGCAGCCAGUUAAGCCGAGCCGGCAGCAUGUGGAACGCGACGCCGAGCGAGGAGACGGGGCCCAACUUCACGCUGGCGGACCUGGACUGGGACAGUGCCCCCGGCAACGAGUCGCUGGCCUACGAGCUGCUGCUCCCCUUCCCCGCGCCUCUGCUGGCGGGCGUCACAGCCACCUGCGUGGCGCUCUUCGUGGUGGGCGUCGCUGGCAACCUGCUCACCAUGCUGGUGGUGUCACGCUUCCGCGAGCUGCGCACUACCACCAACCUCUACCUGUCCAGCAUGGCCUUCUCCGACCUGCUCAUCUUCCUCUGCAUGCCGCUCGACCUCGUCCGCCUCUGGCAGUACCGGCCCUGGAACUUCGGCGACCUGCUCUGCAAACUCUUCCAGUUCGUCAGCGAGAGCUGCACCUACGCCACGGUGCUCACCAUCACGGCGCUGAGCGUCGAGCGCUACUUCGCCAUCUGCUUCCCGCUGCGGGCCAAGGUGGUGGUCACCAAGGGCCGGGUGAAGCUGGUCAUCCUCGUCAUCUGGGCCUUGGCCUUCUGCAGCGCCGGGCCCAUCUUCGUGCUGGUCGGGGUGGAGCACGAGAACGGCACCGACCCUCGGGACACCAACGAGUGCCGCGCCACCGAGUUCGCGGUGCGCUCCGGGCUGCUCACGGUCAUGGUGUGGGUGUCCAGCGUCUUCUUCUUUCUGCCCGUCUUCUGCCUCACGGUCCUCUACAGUCUCAUCGGCAGGAAGCUGUGGCGGAGGCGGCGCGGCGACGCGGCGGUGGGCGCCUCGCUCAGAGACAAGAGCCACAAGCAAACCGUGAAAAUGCUGGCUGUAGUGGUGUUUGCCUUCAUCCUCUGCUGGCUGCCCUUCCACGUAGGGCGCUAUUUAUUUUCCAAAUCUUUUGAGCCUGGAUCCCUGGAGAUUGCUCAGAUCAGUCAGUACUGCAACCUCGUGUCCUUUGUCCUCUUCUACCUCAGCGCUGCCAUCAACCCCAUUCUGUACAACAUCAUGUCCAAGAAGUACCGGGUGGCGGUGUUCAAACUUCUGGGAUUCGAACCCUUCUCCCAGAGAAAGCUCUCCACUCUGAAGGAUGAAAGUUCUCGGGCCUGGACAGAAUCUAGUAUUAAUACAUGACCUAGCACAUUGCUGAGCACAGUCACCGCUUAUUAUUCUAAACCGGAAGCCAUAGCACAGCAGAACUUCGGAGGAAGCUGAAGGUUAAUUUUGGAAUUAGGGACCCAUAGAUCUGGAAACAAUUGGGAGGAAAGAAAAGACGUAAUUUGUAGGGUGUGAGCAGUUUGAUUUGAUUGCACACUCAUCAGUGCUCUCAUAAACUAUUUCUGCAUAUUCACUGCCUAUGAUUUUGCAUUCUACUGCUGGUGCUGGUGAGGGCUUUGGAAAUAAGAGAAAGGAAGAAGUGCAGAGUGGGCAAUUAGGGCACUUCUUGGUGGAUAAAUCUGAUUUAGAUUUACUUUGCUUUUUCAUAAUGGUUGAAAUUAUUUGGUUAAAAGAAAUGGCAUUAAAAUAAAAAUUUUAAAACCUGACUUUUAAAAACCAACAAUUUUCAUAAAGCUCUAGAACAGUAUCGUCCAAGGGAAAUAUAAUGUAAGGCACAUAAGUAAUCAAUAUAAAAACUAUUAAUGAGAAAUUUACUUUCCUUUUUUCACACUAAGUCUUUGAAAUCUGGCGUAUCUUCCAUGUUUACAGAACCCCUCGAUUUGUACCCUAAGUUUUCAUCAGUAAUACUUGAUGCAGUUAGAUUCUAUAAAAGUUACAGAUGAAAAAGUAGAUUCAACAACCUAAGUUGUCUAAACACACUUAAAAGCUUUCCAAUAACUAAAACAACUGUAAGUUUUAAACUCUAAAUUAAUUAAAAUUAAAAAUUCAGUUCUUCAGUGUUCAGUAGCCACAUGUAGCUUGAGGUUGCCACAUUGAAUAAUGCAGCUUUAGAGUAUAUUCAAAAUUAUCAUUCACCUUAUAUAAAAUGUUUAAAAAUAAAUAUCCUUUCCCUGAAAUGUUUUCACAGUGAAGUUAGCAUAGCAGAAUUUUAGAGUGAUGAAUCCUACAUAUCACACCUAAAUGUCCUAAUCUUCAUGGUUGGAAGAGAAUGGCUAUGAAACGUACAAGAUACAUUUUUAAAUUAAGUUGAAUUAUAUGUGUUAAUAUUCAGGAAAUGAAACUUUAUAAAAAUUAUAGGUAAUCAUAAACUGCCUUAUUUGGCGUAACACAAAUACUUAAGCCAAUCAUAAGACUUUGAUUUGUAAAUAAAGGAAUAAUUUAUAACACUCUGGCAAGCUUACAGGAAACUGAAUGAACGUAGAAAUGUUUCAAAUAGUGAAAGCAGGCCUAUGUGAAUUCCCUAAAUGCUACUACGUAUUAUUAUUCAAAACUUUAAAAAAAUCUUAUAGCCAUUUAUUUCAAGAUGCCUGUGCCAUGUCCUAUCUUCAAAUUAGUUUUUUCUGUUUACACCUCAUUUCCUCAUUUCUUAUCUGAUAGAUAUGUUUACUGGGAUUUCCAGUCUCUCUCUUAGUCAUGAUUAUGAAUGACUAGAUAUCUUCAACUACAUAUUUUAUGUUUUGGUUAUAAAUAUAAAAUUUUCAUUUCUACUGACUUUGCUCCCUGUAUAGUCAACCCUUUGCAUAUCAAUAUAUUAUUCCAAAAAUGAUUUUGUCAUAAUCCUAUGCAAUAAUAAGUCACAUAAGCAUGAAGUUAUUGGCUCUCAACUAUGGAAUUGAUUGAGCCAUUUGGGAAAAUUACUGCCAUGAUUGCUUUUCCCCCAUCAAAAGGAAAGAUUAUCAUGCUGAAAUAAUUGAUUAUUUUGGAAACAUCAAAACACAAUCAUAAUUAGAAUUAUUUCUCUAGAAAAUUAUUUCUGAAAUUCAUUUACACUCUGAAACUGCACCAUCAAUUUGGUCCUAAAUGCAGAACUUUAGCAAGUUGAUUAUUCAGUUAAUUCUUAGGAGUGCAACAAUAUU